AUGACUGUCUUCAUAGCGUCUCUAUUCUUGCCUCACACUGUCAAUUUUCAGCUCAACAACUCGCGCACCCGCUCUCCCCCUGCUCUAAGCCCUCCUUUGUCCGCAAACCCCACCAUCGACGGGAUCACACCCAUCCCCAAGGCUGCGGCUAGCUUGUUUGAGAAGAGCAUCCCAGGGGAAACACCGGGUCUUACACCAGGGGCUACAACGAACCAUGAACGUAUAUUUGCUUCCGACAUAGGCAAGGUAGAGCAAGAGAAAAACGGGUACCCGUUCCCUUUGGCCCUCGAGCAGGAUAACCGGCUCCUCACGGAGAGUGAGGGUCAUUCUCCGCUAUGGGGCACAACUUCGUUCAACCAGCCAAAGCCAUUGCCAGUCGUGUCGCCAUCUCCAUCCAUUCUCAAGCACCAAGAACCUCGCCCCGCCAAGCAACCUGUAGCGCAGCGGCUUCCUGCAGCCGAGACCAUUGCUCCCUAUGCUAGACUAAGAAAGGGGAGCACAGCGAGCCGAAAAUUGUCAUUUUCAAAAGCCGAAUGGACCAUUGAGACCGCGGAACAGGGAAAUGGUGGCCUGCGCAAUGCAGUACGAUCCGCGACAGACGCCGGGGUUUUGGAUAACAUGAUGUGGGUGGGCACCUUGGGUAUGCCUACUGACGUCUUGGCAAGUCACACCCGCCGAGACAUCGCGGAGAAGUUGGAAGAUGAGUAUGGGUCUUUGACAGUGUUUGUAAAUGACUCUGACUUUGACGGGCACUACACGCAUUUCUGCAAGACCAUUCUUUGGCCUGUAUUUCAUUAUCAGAUCCCAGAUAACCCGAAGAGCAAAGCUUACGAGGACCACUCGUGGAUCUACUACGUCAAGUUGAACCAGGCUUUUGCAGACCGCAUCGCUAAGCAUUGGAAGCGCGGUGAUUCGAUCUGGAUCCAGGAUUAUCAUCUGUUACUGGUUCCAGCUAUGCUUCGCAAACUGGUGCCAGAUGCACAAAUUGGGUUUUUCCUGCAUAUUGCUUUCCCCUCGUCGGAGGUCUUCAAAUGCUUGGCACCACGCAAGGAGCUUCUCCAGGGCAUGCUUGGUGCCAACCUUAUUGGUUUCCAAACGCAUGAAUACUGCCGACACUUCCUGCAGACAUGCAGUCGGAUCUUGUGUGUGGAAGCAACGCCCGAAGGAAUCCAGUUGGAAGAUGGGUUUGUCAACGUCGGCACAUUCCCCAUCGGCAUCGACCCAACUUCGUGGGAUAAGCGCCGCCAGGCAACGGACGUGGAGCGAUGGGUCGAGACAAUCUCGGAGCGCUAUCAAGGAAAGCGUCUCAUUGUCUCGCGCGAUAAGAUUGAUUCCGUUCGCGGUAUUCGCCAAAAACUUCUUAGCUAUGAGCUUUUCCUCAACACCUACCCGGAAUGGGCUGAUAAAGUUGUGUUGAUUCAAGUCGCAACCAGCACCACGGAACAACCAGAGCUGGAAGCUACUAUCUCUGAUAUUGCCAUGCGGAUCAACUCCACACACUCGACCCUCGCUCAUCAGCCUUUGGUGUUCCUCAAACAAGACUUAGCCUUCCCGCAGUACCUUGCUCUCAUCACUGUGGCAGAUGCCCUGAUGAUCACCAGCCUACGCGAGGGAAUGAAUCUGACUAGUCAUGAGUUUGUCUACUGCCAGGAUGGUCGAUGCGGCAACAAAGCCUACGGGUCAUUAAUUCUUAGCGAGUUCACUGGCAGUGCAUCUGUUUUUGGACACCAUGCUCUCUUGGUCAACCCAUGGGAUUACCGCCAGUGCUGCGAAGCAAUUCACACAGCACUGACACGGGACGAGAAGACACGAAAGCAGGUUUGGGAGGAACUACACCGUGCAGUCCUGAAGAACUCGACUGCCAACUGGGUGAAAUCGUUCAGCGAAACACUCAACCGUGUCUGGAACGAGCAAUCUUCGCGAGAAAUCAUGGCCGUGCCCCGACUAUCCGUAUCCCGACUCACCGAGCGGUAUCGCAACUCCAAGCAACGGCUCAUGAUCAUCGAUUACGAAGACACUCUAGCCUCAUGGGGGUCACCUCGCAGCAUUAUUCUGACCACGCCACAGCGCGCAAUCACAACUCUCAACGACUUGACCGAAGACCCCGCCAACGUUGUCUACGUAAUGAGUGCGCGCAUGCCAGAGGAAAUGGAACGACUAUUCCGACAAGUGAACAACCUCGGUCUAAUUGCCGAGAACGGUUCCUUCGUGCGCGAGCCGAACGCCGAGUCCUGGACCCACCUUGCAGACAAGACGCAUGUCAGAACAUGGAAGGCAUCCGUGUCUAAUAUCCUAGCAUACUUCCAGGCUCGUGUUGAGGGUAGCUGGAUCGAAGAGCGCCAUUGCUCCCUCGUCUUCCACCACGGAUCCGCCGAAGACCACCAUGUCGCCGCUCGAUCUGCUGCUGAAUGUGCAGGUAAUAUCAACGACGCGUGUGCUAAUUUGGGUGUGCAUGCGAUUCCCGUUGAAGGUGCUUUGAUCGUGGAAACAAUUCACACCAACAAGGCAUCUGCGGCCGAAAGGGUCUGGAAAUGGGCUAUGGCAAAAGCAAACAAAAAUGAAAAUGCCCUCAAGCCUGAUUUCUUGCUGGUUGUCGGCGAUAACCGUGAGGAUGAACCGGUCUUCCGGUGGGCUAAUAAGCUGCAUAGCGCGAAGGCUGUCGACUAUGCCAUGACUGUCACAUUGGGCUCGCGCAGCACCGAGGCUAAAGCCACCCUGACACAGGGAGUUACCGGCGUUCUUUCUUGUCUGCAGCAAUUGGCAGCGUCUGUGCCACUUGGAAGCACACCCGGGCCAAAGUAA